AGAAUAAGUUUGGCGGAAGCUUUUCUCACAGCUGACAUUUUGCUCAGUACUUUGCAGAAUGUUUCGGAGGGUUUGGUAGUUUACCCCAAGGUAAGAGAAAUGAAUCAAGAAGAGAGCUUAUGCACAGCGUUUUGAGCGACAGAUCGCCCCGUGUAAACGACAGAUCGCCCCAUGUAAGCCACAGAUCGCGCCAUGUAAACGAUAGAUCGCCCCAUGUAAGGGAAUCCGGAUUCCGGAAUCGGAGAAAUUCUUGCUUUUGGAAUCUGCAGUGCGGGAAAUUUUUGCUUGUGGAAUCUAAAAUAAUGGCCUUUGGAUUCCGUAAUUCAGCUCUAGGUACCCGGAAUUCCGCAAACCAUUGGAAUCCGGAAUCCAAGUUCCAGUGACAAGGAAUCCAGAAUCCAGUACCUGGAAUCCGGAAUCCAUGGCGUGGAGUCCAGAAUCCAGUCUUAAAUUUCCUUACAUGGGGCGAGACGGACGUCAACCGGAAGUUGGCCUUUUCCCUUCUAAUAUACCUUGACGCUACCACGUUAAUUUUCAAGUGUCUUUUUGCUUACAAGAGGUGAAUUGCUUGAAGAAUUGGACAAAUUACAUAGCUCCAAAGUGCAAAAAGACUUUACUUUCGAUUGCCCUCCGUCGCUCAAAAACGCCUUUGCUUAACCUCUCUAGUCAUGAUCUUCUGUUUUAACGUUGCGCAGUCGCACAUUAUUGUGGUAAAAAUAAUCAUCUUAUUCGAAAGCUGGAAGCAGGGUGGUGCAUUUUAGUACACUACGUUGAACUUUAAUCAGAACCCAAUGGCUCAAUUUGGCCCUUCGUAAACAGUCAGCCUUGUCUGGUUUAUUUUCCAACAAAGCAAAAAAACUGGCCGACAAGGACUAGUCUAGUAGUGAAAUAUUUUCACCGUUACUCGAGAAUGUCUACCAAAGGUUGUAAAAUCACACUAAUCACGUGUUGCGUGAUGACGAUCACGUUCACGAUCGCGGUCUUACGCGCUUUGUUUAUUCAGUGUUUGGCUUGUGAUUUUCCUCCGCCACGGACAGGUUAUUGAACGCUCACGUUCACGAUCGCGAUCUUACGCGAAUUGUCCAUUCGGUGUUUGACUCAAGAUUUUCUUCUGUCGCGACGAACAGGUUAUUGAACGCCAUAUUCGUCAAGAGUUACCGUUCAUGGCGUCUGAAAACGUUAUCAUGGCCAUGGUGAAAACUGGAGGAAGUAGACAGGUAGGAUAAUUGUUGCUCAGUUCUGGAAACUAGAGAUCUUUCUUCAACGUUGUUUAUUUUCGGUACCACGAUAAAAAAGCCAAGAAAACGCCACGCCAAAAAUGUUUGUAGUGAUCUGGUAUUUUAACUCCAGGUGCACUAAGGUAACAGCUGUUUGAUGUCUGUUCUCUGCUUACAAUCAACAUAAUGUUUUUUGAACCAGAAACUAAUAAGACCCUGUCCACACGAAUCCGUUUUUGUUUGAAAACAGAGUUUUUUUUUCUCCGGCUUGGCCUACCGCCCACUUGUAUUCAGUUCGGUGAAAAUGGUCACCGAAAACGCAUCUUUCAAAAACAAUGUCCAGAGUUGAGAGUUUUAUAAACGCUGUUUUGCUGUAAAUGUGUGGACGGAUGAAAACGAGAUUUUUGCAAACGAUUACGUCAUGGUGUUGGAUCCAGUCUAUCCCGCGCAUGAGCUUAGACGUCACCAUCUCGCGGGCUAGAUACCAGUAAAUGCGCAUGCUCCCAUUGAAGAUUGUACCGUUUUCAGUGUGUUGUGAAACGUUAGAAUGCUUNUGUCUGUUCUCUGCUUACAAUCAACAUAAUGUUUUUUGAACCAGAAACUAAUAAGACCCUGUCCACACGAAUCCGUUUUUGUUUGAAAACAGAGUUUUUUUUUCUCCGGCUUGGCCUACCGCCCACUUGUAUUCAGUUCGGUGAAAAUGGUCACCGAAAACGCAUCUUUCAAAAACAAUGUCCAGAGUUGAGAGUUUUAUAAACGCUGUUUUGCUGUAAAUGUGUGGACGGAUGAAAACGAGAUUUUUGCAAACGAUUACGUCAUGGUGUUGGAUCCAGUCUAUCCCGCGCAUGAGCUUAGACGUCACCAUCUCGCGGGCUAGAUACCAGUAAAUGCGCAUGCUCCCAUUGAAGAUUGUACCGUUUUCAGUGUGUUGUGAAACGUUAGAAUGCUUAUGAUUGUAUUUUCUUAUUUCAUUAAAUUUGCAGUAGUUGAUAAAGUAAGCCAUUAUCUCGCCACCGCUAAAAGAGAUGUUUAGAUUGUAACAGGAAAUAUAGUGGGAUAAGAUAAUUAGAAUUAAUCAAUGUUGUAUUUAAUCGGGUAUUACUAGCUUAACCGCACAUACGGAUUAGCAAACCCACGUUUAAUAGGAAAUUAGUUGAAAUUAGUGCCCACGAAUCGAUGUUAAACGUGAUUAAAGAACUCAGACCCCAUUUGAUUAUUGUGACCACGCCGGAAUUACGCUUCUGGGUGUGGACUUCCUUAGCUAAUUAUACGCAGCAGUUUUGUAAAAUUUAGUUAGAUUGAAAUUGAUCGUAGAACGGAACGUGUAAUGUUGAAUAGUGAAGAAUAAAGUCUGAUUUGUACGAAAGUAUACAGUCCUCGAUUGUUGAACCAGCAUGUGCGGAAUCUCUCUCUAUCGCAAGUGGGAAAUUCUGCGAAACAGUGAAUGGUGCAUUUUUGUUUGGGCGGGCAAAAAAGACUCAAAAACGCAAUGUAUGGACGCCGAUUUGUUUUGAAAACUGAGAAAAAGUCUCCGUUUUCAGCAAAAGCGGAUACGUAUGGAGGGGGCCUAAACUGAUUCGCUAUUGGAGUCUCAACACAAAUAUCUCAAGUGUGGGCGAAGUGAUGUGAGACACUUCCGCUUCGUUCUUGUUGUAAUUUGUAUCAAUCUUAUUAACUGUUAUACUAUCAAGAGAUAGCUUUUAUGGAUUUUAAAAGGAUGUGGAAUCAAAUUGAUGGGUUUUUGAUGUAAUGUUUCACAGGAAUGCCACGAAAAGAUCCGCGUUCUCUCCCAGGAGGCUGGGGCGGUUGUCAAGGAGCAGGGUGGCGACAAUGAUUUGGUUGAGAGAAUCAAGGCCUGUGAAUACUUUGCUCCCAUUCACAACCAGCUAGACGCCAUAUUGGAUGCCAGCACUUUCACUGGGCGGGCACCACAGCAG